AAAUUAUACAGACUCGUUUCAUUUGUUCGCAACUUUGUUUCGAACGACAUUUUCAUUCUAUUUCCUUCUUAGCCGAUUUUAAUUCAUUUUACGAGCACUCGAAAUUCCUAACAAGAAGUCUUCUGUAAAGCGGAAUAUAGCAAGGGUAAUUGCUAAGAUUUAAAUUCAUUCGAUUAAUUUUCGUUGCACGUUUCGAUUGUGAUUCAUAUUUGGUAAGAUUUAAUUUUGUUACGUUUAUGGGUUGUUUACAUCGUCGAAAAUGUAACCAUUACUAUAACGGUCAUAAAUUAUCAAUUAUAAUCGAAUGGAGCUUUCGAUUCGCGCCAUUCUCGCGCUCGCAUAGUCGAAAUAGUUGAACGCGAUCGUCGCAAUUCGCGGGGGUUGGACACGGAAGCUGUUGCAUGGGAACGAGAUCUUUAGGUGUGCGACGGGGUGUCGGAUAAACGGAACGUGAGAUAUCCGAGGAAGGAUGAACGACAUGGAAGCUUACGGGGACGGAUACAUGGAGCCGGAAGAGGAGUGGGAAAGGGAAGGUCUUUUGGACCCGGCUUGGGAGAAACAACAGAAAAAGACAUUCACAGCAUGGUGUAAUUCGCAUCUUCGUAAAGCAGGGACCGCCAUCGAAUCGAUCGAGGAAGACUUUAGAAACGGGCUGAAGCUGAUGCUGCUGCUCGAGGUGAUUUCAGGAGAGACGCUUCCAAAACCGGACAGAGGCAAAAUGAGAUUCCACAAGAUCGCGAACGUGAACAAAGCCCUCGAUUACAUCGCCAGCAAAGGCGUGAAGCUGGUGUCCAUAGGAGCAGAGGAAAUCGUGGAUGGAAAUCUGAAGAUGACACUGGGUAUGAUCUGGACCAUCAUUCUGAGAUUCGCCAUUCAGGACAUCUCCGUGGAGGAGAUGACAGCGAAGGAAGGUCUCCUGCUGUGGUGUCAACGUAAAACAGCACCGUACAAGAACGUGAACGUUCAGAACUUCCACCUGUCGUUCAAGGAUGGCUUGGCGUUUUGCGCUCUCAUUCAUCGUCAUCGUCCCGACCUCAUCGAUUACAAUAAACUUAGCAAGGAUAAUCCUCUAGAGAAUUUGAACACUGCCUUUGACGUUGCUGAGAAAUAUCUCGACAUUCCUCGUAUGUUAGAUCCCGACGAUAUGCGAACCACAGCAAAGCCUGACGAGAGGGCUGUGAUGACCUACGUUUCUUCCUACUACCACUGCUUUAGCGGUGCGCAGAAGGCAGAAACAGCCGCGAAUAGAAUUUGCAAGGUUCUGAAGGUGAACCAGGAGAAUGAGAGGCUCAUGGAAGAGUACGAGCGCUUGGCUUCCGAUUUGCUGGAGUGGAUACGGAGAACUAUGCCCUGGCUGGCUAGUCGUCAGACCGAUAACUCCCUAGCCGGGUGUCAAAAGAAGCUGGAGGAGUAUCGAACGUAUCGCCGUAAGCACAAGCCUCCACGAGUGGAGCAGAAGGCCAAACUCGAAACGAACUUCAACACUCUACAAACGAAGUUAAGACUGAGCAAUCGACCUGCCUACAUGCCAACGGAGGGCAAAAUGGUCUCCGACAUUAACAAAGCGUGGAAAGGUCUGGAGCUGGCUGAGAAAUCGUUCGAAGAAUGGCUGUUGUCGGAAAUGAUGCGUCUCGAACGUCUGGAGCAUCUGGCUCAGAAGUUCAAGCACAAAGCCGACGCUCACGAGGAGUGGACCGCAGGAAAGGAAGAGAUGCUUACGUCGCAGCACUUCCGACAGUGUAAACUGAACGAGCUGAAGGCCUUGAAGAAGAAACACGAGGCCUUCGAAUCCGAUCUUGCGGCUCAUCAAGAUCGCGUGGAACAGAUAGCUGCUAUCGCUCAGGAACUCAACACCUUGGAGUAUCACGAUAGCGCGUCCGUUAACGCCAGAUGCCAACGAAUCUGCGAUCAGUGGGAUCGUCUGGGUACCUUAACUCAACGCAGACGUCAAGCGUUGGAUGAAGCGGAGCGCAUCCUCGAGAAGAUCGAUGUCUUACAUCUGGAAUUCGCCAAACGAGCUGCUCCAUUCAACAAUUGGUUGGACGGAACCCGGGAGGAUCUGGUCGACAUGUUUAUCGUGCAUACGAUGGAGGAGAUUCAGGGAUUGAUGGAUGCUCAUGCCGCGUUCAAGGCUACUCUCGGAGAAGCCGAUAAAGAGUACAACGCGAUCGUAGGAUUAGUGCGCGAAGUAGAAUCCAUUGUUAAACAGUUCCAGAUUCCUGGUGGUCUUGAGAAUCCGUAUACCACCCUCACCGCAUUGGACCUCACAAAGAAGUGGAGCGACGUCAGGCAACUCGUGCCACAACGUGACGGUACAUUGCAAGCGGAACUUCGCAAACAGCAGAACAACGAACUACUUCGCCGACAAUUCGCUGAGAAGGCUAACGCUGUUGGGCCAUGGAUAGAGCGUCAGUUAGACGCGGUUACAGCCAUUGGUCUUGGUCUUCAGGGUACACUGGAAGAUCAGUUGCACCGUCUGAAGGAGUACGAGCAGGCGGUCUACCAAUACAAAGCUCACCUUGAAGAACUGGAGAAGAUUCACCAAGCUGUCCAGGAAGGCAUGAUAUUCGAGAACCGAUACACUCAGUACACGAUGGAGACGUUACGAGUCGGCUGGGAACAGCUUCUGACUUCGAUAAACCGUAACAUUAACGAAGUUGAAAAUCAAAUUCUUACCAGAGACUCCAAGGGUAUUACGCAAGAGCAACUGAACGAAUUCCGUAGCAGCUUCAACCACUUCGACAAGAAUCGUACGGGCAGAUUAGCUCCCGACGAAUUCAAAUCCUGCCUUGUUUCUCUGGGUUACUCGAUUGGAAAGGACAGGCAAGGUGACAUCGACUUCCAACGCAUUUUGGCUAUCGUUGAUCCAAAUAACUCUGGUUACGUACACUUUGACGCGUUCUUGGACUUUAUGACGCGCGAGUCGACGGACACCGACACGGCAGAACAAGUCAUCGACAGCUUCCGUAUUUUGGCCGGAGACAAGCCGUACAUAUUGCCAGACGAGUUGAGGAGAGAAUUGCCACCCGACCAAGCCGAAUACUGCAUUCAACGAAUGCCUCCUUACAAAGGACCGAACGGAAUACCCGGGGCAUUAGAUUAUCGUUCUUUCUCUACCGCCCUGUACGGUGAAUCGGAUCUGUAAAGUUACAUAUCAAAAAUUCAGAAAAUUUGUGGACGAAUUUCAAUGAAACAGAUCUGGUGACAUCUGAAAUGUUUGCUCUACAUUUUUGGUACUCUAACGCAUCUAAAGAAUAUCAAACACGACGUUGCUUAGUAUGAAGACAGUACAAUAUUCGAAGCGUUUGAAAGCAACAGUAAGCUCUUUAUACGUGUCACGAGCGUUAGCAAUUUUUUAUUCGUGAUAUUGUUUUAACGUGAAGGAACCUGAGAGCCACAUCGAUCAACUUUGAUAUGCCGAUAUUUCCUAGAACGAACUUUUAGAGUUCGAGAACGGUGAUCCGUACUUAAAUAAGUCUGUACAGUGACAAUAAAUAUCUAAUUUAGAUACCUUAACGUUAAAAGAAUAGCACAAAUCCGACUAGUUCUUCUAGAACGUUUGCUUCUUGCCUAUGUCUACGAUGAAUCCUAUAUAAUUAGUAAGUUAACGUUUUAAUUGUAUAUAAACAUUUUCGAGAAGUCACACGAGUACCAAUAAGAAAGAAAAACAUUUCCUUUUCGCGAGCGUUUCAGAAAAGGAAAGAACGAAACUGUGCCGAAAACGAAUAUUACAAUUGAAAUGCGAUCGAACAAUUUAUUGCGUAUGAAACUGUCGCUUACAUCGAUGUCGUAGCCUUACGUGUCUAGAAAAAAGGUUUCCUUUUUUAACAUUCAGUUUCUUUUUGAAGAACUUUUCGAACAAAGUCAUCGAACCACUCGAUUGUUGCUAAAUAUUUUCCUGCUGGUCAGCGGUUUUUUCUUUUGUCCAAUUCGAUUGAAACGUAAGGUACGAGUCGAUGUCUGCGACGCGCGAAAAUUCAUGAUAUAUAAAUUAAGAUUAUUAACGAUACUAAACGAAUUUUUGGACAUCCUUAUACACGUACGAAUCGACUUUCUCGCUAAGGAUCCAGAAAAUAUUACGCUCGAAAUCGAACGCAACGUUCAUAUUUUUUAUAAAAAAGCGGCGCAACGAAUUUUUAAACGAGAAGCCCGCCUUUAUACUUCGCCAAUCGUAUAUAACGCGAAAACGAUGCUAAAGAAAGCAAAUUUAUUUAUUUAUUUGAAUUAAAUGAUUAUUUAUUAUUGUUCCGAUAAUUAAUUAUGGUUAGUGAACGAAACCACUUUUUCAAAGUAUUUAUUUUUAUAAAUAUUUGAGAGAAGUGAUAUAUAAACGAAAGGCCAACUGUAAUAUAAGAUCUGUCAUGUAAAAUUGUUCCAAAUAGCGGCUGCCAUUCUCUGUGUCAUGUGUAAGCAGCCUAAAAACCAUUUAGUCGAAUCAUUGUCGUCCAAUUCAUUAUUCUAAGGUCAUAAAAAGCUCGUGUGUGAAAUGUAAUAAUCGGAGGAAGAGAAAAUACUGAACCUUUUUUUUUGGUUUCGCUUGGAACUUAAUGCUUUUUCAAUAUCCAUCUUAACGCGUUUGCGAGUUUACUUUUCUCGUAUCUUUAACCAAAACGAGCAAAAAAAAUUGGGCUUUUUACAGAAACAAAAUAACGUAAAAAAAAAACACGCA